CAAGAAACUUACCCAAUAUCAAGAACGAAAAUAACAAAACGCGCUGAUAAGAGAAUAAUUUGCAGCCUUUUUAGUAAUCAACCCUUAUUAAAUUUUGUGGUUAUCAUUUUAUUUAUGUAAUAAAUUUAUAUUUUAGUUAAUGCCCAUAUCAACAUGGAUUUCUCCACAACUAUGGAAAUAUUUGUAAGCAACUACACACUUAUUGAUAAUGAAAUAUACGAACUUUGGGUUGAAGGUGUUUCAGCCAUAGAGGCAGUUUGCCAAUUGAAAGGAAAAGCUCUCCUCCAGCAAGGUUCUAAUGUGGAAAUGCUGCAGAGUGAAAUCGAGGACCACUAUCGGACAUACAGCCUGCUCGAACGGCUGCUUCACAACCCAGUCAAAAUCAAGGACCACCAGCUAGAAUUCCAAAUUGAACCUCAAAUCAUGAGCAUGCUCAUACAAAGAUAUUACAAAUUCGAUGAUGCUGUUUACCGAGACAUUCUUGGUAAAAAGUUGUCUGCCAGAAACAGGAAGGAUUUGGAUGACUUGAGUGAGAGAACAGGAAUAAAUAUCCUUUCUUGCAGACGACAGUUCGAUAAUGCCAAACGAGUGUUCAAAGUGGUCGAAGAGAUGCCAGGAUUAGUUGUUCAGAAUAUAACUGACAAUUUUGCUCUCGAUAAGGACCUUGCAAAAAGUUACGCCGCAGUCGUGUUCUUAGGCAGCCUUCGUUUUGAUUGUUCAAAACGGAAACUCCAGUAUUUAUCCUUCCACGAUUUGAGCCACUGCGCCCAUGCCAUCAUGGCAAACUGGACUUGCAAGGAGCAGGGCCCUGAGCAAGAUGACACUGAAUUUGAUAGAGAGUUUCUGCUCGAUCUCAAAGACUUGCGCGUCAUGCUAGACAAGGACCGGGAGCACAAGCAUCUGGUUUGCACUAAGGUCCGUCCACAGCUAUUGGAAAAAAUAUACGUGGACGUGGAGAACAACUUCCGAACCUACACCAGAGCGAUUUUGGGAAUUUCAUGCGGACUCCACAGGAGUCGAGAGAUGAGAUCCCUGUUUGUGGAUUUGGUCGAGAAGUGUCUUGAGCCGUGGUAUGCUGCACAUUGGUCCAGAGCAGACUUGUCUAUUUUCCUUUCCGCAUACACUCAGUCUGCGUUGGAAAUGGACGCAUUGAGGGAGGUUGAACUGAAGCAAUCGUGGGAGAGGUACAUGAAUGUCCUAUCAAACUGUCUGAUAUUCAUGCACAAGGACAAAAAGGACAAGAAAUAAUUUUGAUUUGUAUUCCCAUCUUCCUAAAACAGUAGACUCUUGUGUAAACUUAUAGACUUAAACAGACUUAAAGCAGAAUAUCUUAUUUAAAAUGUAAUAUUAGUCCAUGUUGAUUUUUUUUUAAUUUUAUAUGAUUCAGUUAAGCAAAAAUCUAGUCUAAAUUUUGUGGAAAGAAAAUUUCAUUUAAAUAACAAAAUGAGUUAAGUUGUUUUCAAUAAAAGUAUACUUCUUAA